AUGAAAUCAUUUUUGUGUGUGCUGCUGGUCUGUCUUUUGCAGAUUCACUCUGGAGCAUCUAAAGAAGCAGAAUGCCCAAAAUCAUUCAAGUACACUGUGCAACUUGAUAAGCAAGGAAAUAAAGCAGAUGUUGACAUUCCUUUCACUGCUCGGGAUGGUGACAAGUGCAGUUACAAAACAAACAAUUGGUCGGUCAUUGAAGGCAAGCUCCCUGAAAAAGCUGGAGGAAAAAUUGUUUGGGUAAAGGAUAGUGGCAAGUUCCAGAGUGAGAACUGGGUCUAUUUCCUGGACGUGUUCACUGGUCAAUGGAUCUGUCCGAAAUAUUGCGUGCAUUCAAUGAUUGAUGAUGUCGACUAUGCCGUAUGCAAGAAAAUUCGGGUACUUAUUUAA